UAUACUGUAUCAACCGUAAUCGUGCGCAUCAGCUAUCAGAGCACAACGCGAGGCCACUUCCCCACGCGUUGCAACAAAGUGCACCAAUAAUGACAGAGGUCAUGGCAUCCGUAGCGGUACCGAUAUCAGAAGAAAAACCCGCCGAGGCCCGGCCACCUCAAUAUACCUUCAAGUUCAGCGAGUUUCUUAGACGUGAAUACCGAUUUGGCCUAAACCCCGAUCGCCCAACCUGUAAAGCGUACCUCCAAGGCCAUUGUCCAGACGGCAGCAAAUGCCCCAACAAGCACAAUGUCUCUUCGUCCUACAAUAAUCUCGUAUGUAAACACUGGCUGCGCGGCCUCUGCAAAAAAGGCGAAACCUGCGAAUUCCUCCACGAAUACAACCUCCGCCGCAUGCCCGAAUGCUCCUACUACGCCCGCACACAAACCUGCUCCAACGGCGACGACUGUCUCUAUCUGCAUCUGGACCCAGAUGCUAAGCGCCCCUCGUGCCCACACUACGACCGCGGCUUCUGUCCACUCGGUCCACACUGUGCGCUGAAGCACAACAAGAAAGACAAGCUGUGUCCGUUUUACCUGUGCGGGUUUUGUCCAGAGGGGAAAGGCUGCAAGUACGGUGCUCACCCGCGGUAUCCUACUGAUCUCAAGAAACCUGAGGCGCGUGUGGAGAAGAGCGCUGAGGAGCUUGAGGCGGAGAAGUUGGAGCGUGAGCGCGAGAUGAUGAAGAGGGAAGAGGAGGAGCGGGAGCGGGACGAGAGGAAUGGACAUCAGGGUGGGCGUGGGUUUAGGGGUAAUUGGGACCGCAAGAAGCGUGGAGGUAGACGGGGUAGGGGCGGUAGGGGACGUGGAGAAUUUUGAGAGCAGGCGCAUAGGUGCCUAGGAAAAGAUAUAUAUUGUUUAUCUAGCGAGCGUUUCCUGCCUCCUUUGUAGUAGCCCGGCUUUUUUUUAUGUAGCGGGGAGGACAGCUAAAGAGUUGGAAUGACACGAAAGAUACGGCGCCAAUUGAUCUUGAUAACGUAUAAUUGAGCGCAACAUCAGGG